AUGUUUCGCAGAUCAAUCCAUUCGUCUGCAAAGACAGCACAACGGUGCAAAGUGUGGUCUGAAUUCAGCGACAGGCCAAAGUCUCUCGGGAUAAGAUCCGAAGCAGUUAGAAAAUCUAUUCUGGAGGGGGGACCAACAAUAAAGCCACCGUCCAUCAAAAGGAGGUUUAAUCGGAUCAAAUAUAAUUCACCGGAGAAGAUAGACGAAACGUUCAAAACGUGUUAUGAGUUUUUAGAAUCUCGAGCAAGCGAGACAUAUUCCAGAGCACGAGAAUGCACUAAUCCAUUACUGCAAGAAGAGCUUUUGACUCAGGCGGAAAUUAAUAAUCCCGAAGUCCAAUAUAACUUUCAAUUUCACAAAAAACUGGACAACGAUCCCACUAUUAUCGAUUAUGAGCAACCCGUUUACAGACACCUGGGCAAAAAACACUGGGAGUCAUAUUCUCAAAUGCUGUUAAUGCAAAGAUUGGAGACACUGAGUGUGAUCCCAGAUACUUUACCAACUUUGGUACCCAAAGUAGAGGUCAAUGUCAAGUUUCCAUACUCUACUGGUGUAAAUAAAUGGAUCGAACCGGGUGAACUUCUAUCAUCGAAUGCAACAAGCCUGCCACCUGUUUUCAAGAUUCAAGAAUUUGAAAAAGUUGACACAAAGGAGCAACUCUAUACGAUCCUGGUGCUUAAUCCUGACGAGCCAAAUGUCAAAAUGGACUCGUACAACACAAGCCUGUGCUACGGUUUGGCCAAUGUCAAGGUGAGUUAUAACGACAACGUUGUUGACCCAAGGAGAUUCAACGAGUCCAAUGUAAUUGCGUCGUAUUUGCCGCCUGUACCAGAGAAGAACGCAGGUAAGCAAAGAUUUGCAGUUUGGGUCUUUAGACAAAAAGUUGCCAUCGCAAUCAAACCCCUCGAUAGAAGUGAUUUCAAUAUCAGAGAAUUUGCCAAACAGCACGCGCUAAAACCAGUAGGAGCGCAUGUCUGGAGGUCCGAGUGGGAUUUCAACGUCAACUCCAUCAGAGCCAAAUACGGAUUACCAGCGGCAAGAGUUUUCGAAAGAGUCCGCAUCUAA